GUGUUCUCAUGGUGUUUUCGGGGUUUCUUCCAGCUACCUGUAGAUGGUGAACUGGCUGCUGCAGAUUGCCCAAGGUAAAUGUGAGGGGUGUACUCACUUCUGUGAUACACUGUAUAUACCGGACUCCCAGUGCCAUCACCACUCGCGGUGCCUCUUUCUUCGGUUCUCCUGACCACUUAAGCUACAAGGAUCGGUGUGACAUGAUGAGCAGCGCCUCCGUGAUGAACUUCUCCAGCUCCCGCCACGGCAGCUUCUCCUCAGCAUCUCUGGGCGGAGGGAUGCAGGCGAGACGCGCUCCCAGCGUGUACGGCGGGGCCGGCGGCCAGAGCGUGCGCGUCUCCAGCGCCUACAGCCUGAGCAUGGCCGGGAUGGGCGGCGCGGGUCUGAACGACGGGCUGGACGGACUCGGAAUCAGCGAGAAGGCCACCAUGCAGAACCUGAACGACCGUCUGGCCGCCUACCUGGACAAAGUGCGCUCGCUCGAGAAAGCCAACGCGCAUCUGGAGCUGAAGAUCCGCGAGUGGUACGACAAGCGCAAGCCCGUGACGCGCGACUACAGCCGCUACUUUGCCAUCAUCAACGAACUGCGUGAAAAGAUCAACAUAGCCAGCAAGGACAACGCCAGGAUCAUCCUGCAGAUCGACAAUGCCAAACUUGCCGCAGAGGACUUCAGAGUCAAGUUUGAGAAUGAGUUGGCACUGCGUCAGUCAGUCGAGGUCGACAUCACCGGGCUUCGUCGCGUCCUGGACGAGCUCACCAUUACCCGGUCAGACCUGGAGAUGCAGAUCGAAGGCCUUAAGGAGGAGCUUAUGUACCUCAAGAAGAAUCACGAAGAGGAAAUGGCAUCUCUGCGUGCUAACAUGUCCGCCAGCUCGGUGAACGUGGAAGUGGAUGCCGCUCCUCAGCAGGACCUGAAUCAGGCCAUGCAGGAGAUCCGGGCGCAGUACGAAGGCAUUGCCGAGAAGAACCGCAGAGAAAUGGAGGCGUGGUACAAGGUCAAGUUUGAUGAGCUGAAUAAGCAGGUGAAGAAGAGCACAGAGGUCAUCGAGACGUCCCGCAGCGAUAUCACAGAGCUUAAGAGAACUCUGCAGGCACUGGAGAUUGAACUGCAGUCUCAGCUCAGCCUGAAAUCGGCUCUGGAGGGCACGCUGCACGACACGGAGUCCCGUUACAGUCUCCAGCUCAGCCAAAUGCAGGUCCUGGUCAGCAACUUGGAGUCAGAGCUCGCACAGGUCCGCACAGACAUCGAGAGACAGGGCAACGAGUACAAAAUGCUGCUGGAUAUCAAGACCAGGCUCGAGCUGGAAAUCGCCGAGUACAGACGCCUGUUGGACGGAGAACUGAGUAAGACUACAGUGACCAAGACAGUUGAAGUAAUCAAGACUCCACCUCCUAAACCCCAGCCCGUGGUGACCAAGCGCGUGCGCACUGUGAUCGAGGAGGUGAUCGACGGCAAGGUGGUCUCUCGCACAGAGGACGUGGACGUUGAGGUCCUGAACAAGGAUAAACUAUGAAACGCUUAAGAAGUCGAACCGGAUCGCCGAAAUCUACCGCUGCGUUCCAACACUUUUGUAUUUUGGCAGUAAAUGUGCAGGUGUAAAAAAAAAAAAGCAUUUUAUUUUUUUAAGCUUUAAAUUGUAAAGAAGCUCUAUUCAAAGUCCACGUGUUAACUGUUUUUGAGUUUUGUUAACUAAUUUCUGGAACCCUUGGUGAAAACAUUCCACCUGUACAUUUUAAUAGGGUCGUUUAAAGAUCUGUUGUCCCAAAAACAUACAAAUUUAAUUAAGUAUAAAAGUAAGUGAGUGGAUAGAUCUACAUUCCCUAUUUCCAAGAUGGAAAGUGUGUUUCCGGUUUGAGCGCUGCCACUCUGACCAGAAUGAUGACGCUGUUGAUCAAAAUAAAUAACUCAAAUGAAAAAA